GUGAUCAAAAGCACUGUUAUGGUCUCCAAUAAAAUAGUAUCUUUACUUCGUUUCUUGUAUUUUAUUCGAAAUAUUUCGUAUAUAUAUAUUUAUAUUAAACAAAAAAAGAUGAGGUAUUCAACAACGUUUAAUCGAAAAAAAAAAUUCUUUGCGCUCGACUUGGCCUUGUAGAAAGGAAAUAUAAAAAAAGAGGUUAUAGGACUAGGAAAAAAGGAGGAGGAGCAGAAGAAGAAGAAGAAGAAGAAGAAGAAAAAGAGGAUGAUUAGUGUGGAAAAAACAACAAAUGUUCCUCUUAUUAUAUUUUCUUUAUGUGCCAUGUACUAUUGAAUUCUAGAUUAAUUAGAGCAUGGAAGAUACUGUUAAAAGCUUUAGUCUUGUUUCUUUUCUACCUACUUUAAAAUUACUAGUAGAAUUGAGUUAAUUUUUAUGCGAACUACUAAUAACCUCGGGUUUUUAUAUUUUUACUCUGUUUCAUCAAUUCUUUUAGUCCCUUCUAAAUUACUUUGGGUCUGUUUGUUUGAAAUGGAUUUAUUUUAUAGAUAGAAAUAAAAACAUAUUUACCAUCAUCCUGAACAAUGACAAGGAGCGUUAUAUAAUACUUUUGGCGUUAACAAAGGAAACCGUUUUUAUAUUGCAUAUAUUGUCUUCAUAUCCAGAUUGAUGUUCGCAUUAAAAAUUGCUUUUUCCUACAAAUUUGCUUUUUCUUUUUGUUUGGAUUUUUAUAACGGAAUUGAAAUUAAAUGAAAGAGAUAUUUGCAGUUUGAACUUGGAUUUGUAGUCUAUACAGAAUGUCAGAUAUGCUGAAGGCGUUUAAGGACGUUUCUUAAAAAAAACGGAUAUUUGCAUUCUAAAUUAACACCUGUUUUGCAAAUUCCCAAGGGCUAUAGUAUAGAAAAAAGCCUGUUUAGCUAAACGUAGAGCUAGAGAUAGGUUUGUAAUUGUCAUAUAUUGUUGGCUUUGUUAUUAGAGCAGAUGAAAGACGGAGCGUGGAACGUAUCUAUCUGCUCAAGGAUAUUGAGAAGAAUAGCAAACAAACAGGUUUGUAUUUGGUAAAUAGGCUGAAUUGAUCACGUUUUCCCUUUCUCAAUGUACCGAUUAUAUCGUUGUUGGUUAUUGAUAAAGUAACGAAAUUUGGAACUGACGAAACAUCCUGGAAGUGCCUCUCGGAAGAGAACCUGUCAUGAGCCUAAUAGGCCAGUUUAUGGAGGUAAUUCAGCAGUUUUUUCAUGUUGUUAUGGAAACGAGGUGUCAACUAAAACCAAACGUGGUUUGUCAACAUAGCAAAAUUGGUUAGAUUAUUCAUAUUAGCUAGAUUUUUCUUUUUUUUAUGCUGUUUCGCUAUUUGCCGCCGGAUUUACAGAUUCUAGUCCUUGAGUAGUACUUGCAGUAGAGCGUUUUACGCGGAAAACGGGAGAUGAUGUCAAUAGAUGGCGGCAAGACUAUUUAUAUUCUAUUAAAAGAAAGUAUUUGAUAUUUCAUAUUUUUACGUCAUCAAGCAGAUGUUGCCUUUGAACGGAUAGUUUUUUUAAAAUAAUAACCCAACUAGCAAAAAGAUUAGAUUCUUCACUUUUCACCUUUUCUAUUUGCUUUGAAAAAGUAAAAUAAUAUGCUCUAGGGUUAAGAAAAGAGAGAGAGAGAGAGAGUAGGCUUACAUGUUAUACAGACCGCUAAAGGAUUUAUUUACUAAAGAAUGCGUAACGCUUUUUAAAGUAUUACAAUAUGAUAUUUAUUUAUAAUAUAAUCGUUACAGUAUGAUACAAUUUGUGGGCAGAGAAAGCCUAGUUAAUUCCUUUUAAUUUCAUUUAGGAAGGCAUUUCAAUGGCUAUUUCCCCUUAGAUAUUAAUCAUAAUAAGGAUAAAUCACUAUAGGCCAAUAUCAUUUCAAGCUAAAGCUCAAAUCCUCCUUGUCAACAAACAUUCCUUUCACACGUGCUAAUCGCGUAUACUUUUUUUACUGCAAAUGUCUGGAAUACUACUACCAGCUUCAAGUCGCUUAAAGAGUGAUUGGACCGAUUAUACGCUUAUUAUAGCGUCAAAUUGCGUUGGAAACGUGGGACAAUUAUCAGCUGAUUUGUUAAUUUCAACGCUCUGGCUGAAUAAAAUAGCUUAUUUGCAUACUGAUUUAUUACUUCCAGCUGUUGGUAAUGAUCCAUAUGCAACAGGUAAGAUCGAGAAAACUUGUAAAUUAAGUACCUGUUGUGAACUAUAUGAAAAUGAAGCCUUGAAAUUAGCAAUUAUACAAUUAAGGUCUAGGAUAGCAAAGGGUAGAAAAGGAGAGUAUGUAAGAAGAUUAGAACAUUGGAUACGAUGUUCAAAAUUUGAAAAUGUCAUCAUAGUAUCUUCAUCUAAUUUACACAAACGGCAAGAGUCUGAAAUAAAGGGCCCAACUUUCAAAUAUUUGAUAUCCGACACUUUAAAGGAAAGCGCCGGUAAAGUACUAAAAGACAGCCUUGAAUGGAAAGAGCACGAGUACGAAUCCAUUGAUAACGUUCAAUUACCCGGUAGCGGUAUAGCAUUACCGUUAUUCUCAAAGUGUUCAAAAUUCGAUAUGAAUAUAAUUUUAAUCUUCGUAUAUACGGAAAGAGGAGAUAAUCUACAAAAUGCUUAUAUACUAUGUAACAUGCUCAACGAUUGGAAAGGUUGGUUGGAUAUGAAAAAAAGUGGAAAAACCGAAAUUGCAAAAGGUCAAUGGAAACCUCCAGUAAGUUGGCGAUGGCGUCACGGUUACAAAAAGGAUGAUAUGUAUAAGUCUUAAACCAGUUGAUUAGGAUGAGACAAUAUUGUUCUCUUGUUAUUUUUUACAUUUCUUUUAGCUAACCCUGCCAAAGAAAUAGUGUUACAGUAAUAUUUAAAGUUUAAUACAUUUUUUAUGCAACGA